GCAGCGCCCCCGUGAGCGGUGACGUCACGCGCGCUCGCCCGUGUUCGUUCCAGCUGACCGUGUAGCCGCGAUUCCGUGCGCUCGUUCCACUGACACGGACCAGGCGCUGGGUGACAACAGCAACAACAACAACAAAUAAAUAACGACAGGGAAGAGACACGUGACAGCAGAUCAGAUCGUUCCCGUGUGUGUGUUAUUAAGUGACGUGUGGAGACGUGGAGCGCAGAGACGAUUUGGAGAUUUUUUUGUCGCCUGAAACGCGUCUGGCUUUAAUGGACGCUUGGCGUUUCCAGAUUAGUCGCUUUUUCGGGGAAUAAUAGCUUGCCCGGGCCCGAAGGAGCCCCAGCUGGAGUUGGUGUAAAAUGUCAGCAGCAGAUAAACGGACUAAGCCCCGGAGAACACAGCAACACCGCCAGCUUCUGUUCCUUCACUGUAACUUGUGUUGAGCACAGAGACCGAGACGCGUCCUGGGCGCCAGGUUUAAACGGUUCCUCAACCACAACAUGGAGCUCGGUGCUGCUCCAUAGGGACAUCGUUUUGCGUCCGUGUGCAAAUUGUAGGGAAAGAUGGAUUAAUACUAAAUCACUUUAUGGAAGCGUUCAGGAUGCGCUUUGAGGUUUAAACCCUCUCCUUAUCAUCAAUGGUCAGCUGAGCUGCUUCAUCCGGACGCAGUUCCUUAUCAUCACUUACUGGGCUUUGUGAUUGUGAUUUAAAAGUGAACCCAAGCCAAGUACAAUCAGGCGAUGUCCAGGCCUCUCUCUCAGCUUCUACCUCCUCCAGAUAUCCCCUCUGGAGGCAGUGCACAGUUUGGUCCUACUACAGCACCCAAUGGUCACCUGGGCACAGUGGCCAGUCUAAAGUCUCUCCUCCAGCUUCCCAUUAAAGGAGACAUCAGAGGGAAAGACUGCUGUGAGAUGAUUGAUCAAGACAAACCGUUGGACUCUGAUGAGGAUUCAUUGGGUGGAAUUGGCAAUGGGGCCAGUGGCUCUAUUCGCACCUCUUCCCAGACCACUUUCCUGGGGCCGUUGCUGUGGGAACGCACUCUACCAUGUGAUGGUGGCUUAUUCCAGAGGCAGUUCAUGGACUUGGAGGAGUUCCUGACGGAGAACGGCAUGGGGUGCAUGCCACUGGGUAACACCUCAGGUGCUCAGGCUCUCAUCCCGUCACAGAGCAUGCAAUCAGCCAUUCCAAGUCAGAGCUCCUCACCGUCUCCAGGCUCAUCCUCUGCGUCCUCCAUCUCUUCCCUCUCAUCUUCGUCCUCCUCAUCAUCACUUCUGGGACUAGAUGUGCCACAGGUCCCGACCCCGGGAAUGCUGGGAAGCCCUGAGUGUCUGCACGGAGGACAGGCCAUGCAGCAGGACCCAUCACCAAGCUCUUCCUGCCCACCUCCACCAGUACCCAGCACCGGUGCCCCUGCAGCGGAUGUCAUGGUGAACUUCGACCCCGACCCUGCCGACCUGGCUCUGUCCAGCGUACCGGGCCAGGAGGCGUUCGACCCACGUCGGCAUUGCUUUUCUGAGGAGGAGCUCAAGCCUCAACCUAUGAUCAAGAAGGCUCGCAAAAUGUUGGUGCCCGAUGAGCAGAAGGUAGUGUGUGUGGAGUCGGAUGAAAAGUACUGGAGCCGACGUGUGAAGAACAACGAGGCGGCGAAGCGCUCGCGUGACGCACGGCGCCUUAAGGAGAACCAGAUAUCCGUCCGUGCCGCUUUCCUCGAGCGGGAGAACGCCGCGCUCCGACAGGAAGUGGCCGACAUGCGCAAAGAGCUCGGGCGCUGUCGCAACAUCAUCAACAAAUAUGAGAAUCGCCACGGAGACUUAUGAAGAGGAAUAUUAAAGAAAGGAAGAAAGAAAGAAAGAAAGAAGGAGCAGUACGGUCUCUAGAAAAAUGGCAGUUUAAGGGCAGGUCUGUCAAACCAGCGCUCAGAAAUUUAGCCGAGGUUUUUUUUUUUUUCUUUCCUAAACCUGCACUUUAACACUUGCAAAUCAUGUUUGUUUAAACGUGUGGCAUCGUGCAUGGAUGCAGCACUCAGUUGCUAACAGAUCAGUAAUCCCAGUGAAAGGGAAUGCUCACAAAGUCUAGAAGAAACACUGUUCACUUUCAUAUGAGUUUUUCCUUCUUUUUUUUUUUUUUGACUGUCAUAAUUACACUAAAUCCUAAAUCUUUACGGGACGCCGUGGACUCUGUAUUCAGUGUUGCUCAGACUUCACGAGCAUUUCUUAUUCUCCUUAUUUUUCUCAGAAGAUUCUGCAGAUGAUGCUGGUAAUAUUUUCUAUGAUUAAGAAAAAGAAAAAAAAAGACCUUGUAUAUUUUUGACACGGCUUUGGACAGAAAGAAAGAGAAGAACAGAAGAGGAAGAGGAGGAAGAGGAGGAGAAGGAGACAGCACAAAGAUUUAGGCAGGAAAUUUGUAUAUUUUUAUACUUAAAGGUGCAGACAGGGAAAGAGAUUUUGGAAAUAAUUUUUGCCUCUAUAUUUUAUAUAAACGGGUGGGUUACGGGGCAUUUGUGAUGAAAGAGGGCUAUACGAAGAUGCUUUUGAAAUCAGGUUGUUUAGUGUGGCUGAACGAGAGAACGUGUGAUACAGCAAUGAAAGAAUGAGACGAAUCACGUCAAGCUCUCACGAUGGACAGAGACGCGUCAGAGCAACUCGAAGCAAACCGAAGCAAACCUAAGUGUUUUGAAAUCACAUUAUGGAUUUGUACCUAAUUUUCUAUGUUGGAUUUUUUUUUUCCUUCAGUUUUCGUGUGUUUUGUCCCAGAUUUGAGAAGAAAAAGGAGAAAAGCAGGAGGUCUGGACAUUACACCCUGUCACUACAUUACGGAUGAGGAACGGAUGUACAAAAGAUUUUCCAUGUAUAUAUUUAAGCGUUCAACUUUCUAUUCCACAUAAACACACAAACUUGGAUUGCAUGUGCACAAAACCAGAUGUCUUUUAAGUCGCAUAAUACCACACAGUUAUUUCAGCACAGCGCUCCCUGAUCCCUCGCACCCUCGUCCUUUUCCUCACACUCGCCGAUUUUCUGACGUUUUCCACCGAUUCUGGUUUUAAAUCGUUUAUUUUGUCCAAGUUUAGUUGGCAGUGAGUGUGUUGCAUGGUAGCUCAUUUCUUUUCUAUACUGUAUGAUCAGCACGGAAAAAAAAAAUACCCACAUGUUGUCCUUUUUUUGGUACAGAUUCCUUGCACUAACCGUGUCUCUGUUUAAAUCGUACGAGAAAUCUUAAUCUAUUAGAAGUGUUGGAUGUAAAUUCCCAAUCUAUAUUCUAACAAAAUGAAUGCACCCUGAUACUACUGUAAAAAAAAAAAAGAAAAAAAAGAAAAAAGAAUAUACUAUUAUAUCAAAGUUCUAAUGACCUGUACGAGAGGAAAAUAUUCUAUCACUAGGUAUGUCUGUAAAUAUCAAUAUAUGUGAAUAUGUGAUUUGUAGAGGUAAUUUGCAUAAAUGUAGUAUAUACAGAAAUCUAUUAUAUCACAAACAAAAGGACCUACACCCCGAACUCUGGAAACGGAACAAAUUUUCAAACGAACCUAAUGGAAAUGUUUUGCUAAAACAAAAUAUUUAAGAGAAUUUUAAUUCCCUCCUGCUGCUCUUAGUAUAAAACAAUCAACUAUUUAUCGGCACCCUUUAAGAAAAUUAGCAGAGAUGGAUAACUAAAAAGCGUAACGUGCAAUAUGUGACUUUUUUGAGAUUGUAUUAACAUUGUAAAGUUAGUUUUUAUUUCGAAAACCAUUUCAGAACGAUCUGUUACUCUUUCAGUUACAUCUCACGAGAAGAGUUAGGCUAAACGUGUCGAGGACGCUUUGUCCACAAACUCCUUUCUAUUCUUAAGGUUGUACAUGUGUACAAUUCAGUAACAGGUUCAACUGGAUCCAAAUUCAGAGACUGAGAGGAUAUUUGCAACACAUCGCUUUUGUGUUUCUCUAAAUGUUUCUGUUAAAACUGUGGAAUCUUUUGGCUUUUUUUUUCUAUUUCUUUUUUUUUUUUUUUUAACAAAACCUUAACCUUUUCAUAACGUGAAACAGUUCAUCAUGACCCUCGUUGUGUUUAACAAUAUCAUAUAUAUAUAUAUAUGUGUGUGUAUAUAUCAAAAGAUCCUUUUUUUUCCCAUGUUAAAGGAUGUAAUAGAGAUUUUCCACAUGUGCAGCCUCAUAUUUCUAUCCCAGGGAAACAGGAAGUGGUUCAAGUUCCAACAACAGAUUUCCUGUGCCAAGGCAAAAGAAUCUAAUAAUAUAAAUUGUCAUAUUGUAAUAUAUAAUAAUAAUGUCAAAUCGUUUGAAUUUAUAUGAAAUAUUCCUUAAUCGUUUUUGGCACGUGUAUGUCUGAGAGAAAAUAUUAUUUGUAAAAAAAAAAAAAAAAAAAAGAAUUUUUUUUCCUUUAACAAAGAUAAAUAGUCUGAGUGGAAGAUUUUCAUUGCAGUGUGUAAUGUUUAUAUUAUAUAUUAUACAGUCAGGUUUGCUCAUUUUUAUGAAGGAUGCCAAUAAUUAUGGAGGACACUGUAUAUAAAAAGCUCAGUGUUGAUUUGCACAUGACAAUGUCAUUUCCCCCUUUUAUUUCUUGUUCUUUCAUUUUCUAAAUCCUUCUUCUUCUUCUUCUUCUUCUUCUUCUUCUUCUUCUUCUUCUUAUUAUUAUUAUUAUUAUUAUUAUUAUUAUCAUUAUUAUUAUUAUUAUUAUUAUUGCUAUCAUUAUCAAUUUUGAUAAUAUUCCGGUUACUAUUUCUCUAUUCCUUUUUCUCGUGACACACUUUCUAACGAAAUGCUCACCUUUGUAGUAAUAACACCAUCUCGGAAAACUAAUAUUGCCAUUUGACACACUGUUGGUGCCAUCGUUGGACACAUCAUUGGUGCCAUCCAUCACCUAAAUCACUGUAUGUGUGAGUUUAUACAAGCUGGUAAAAACAAACCAGAUUUUUUUUCUUCUGGAAGAAUAAAAUCUACUCCUUCUGCCAGCAUUGACUUGGUGCAGCUUUUCCUUCCGCACAUCAAAGGAGUAUGAUUUUUGUUACAUCAAAUCUUUGUAGAAGCUUAAAUGGAAACUUUUGGCAGUGCUAUUUUUCUAUAUUACCCUCUACAGGUUUCACAGGCACUGGUAGCUUAUCCUCUUUUUUUCCCCCCAUUGACAAGUUUCUUACCAGUUGUUAUUGCGGGUAUUGUAUUCAUCAUAUUUUGCCUCUUUCCAUGUGGAAUAUUAACAGGUCCCUGGUUGUGACUGUUAUUAACUACAAAUACAAAGAGCAUACCACUAUACAAAUGUAUUAGAACCAAUAAUAUCUAAUGUUCUAUGUGUGGAGAUGCUGGAAAAUGUGCUCUGGCUUUUUUCCUGACACACCAAUAAAUAAAUGAUUGCCAUUAUACACCAA